AAAUUGAAAUGAAAUAAGUUUUGUUUUUUGCUCAAAAGUGCAAAAUGUAUGUUAAGAAGUUGGUGCUUGAUGGAUUCAAGUCCUACGGUAAGCGGACAGAGAUCGAAGGCUUUGAUCCAGAGUUUACAGCGAUCACAGGCCUAAAUGGAUCUGGCAAAUCAAACGUCUUGGACUCGAUUUGUUUUGUGUUGGGCAUAAGUAAUUUGCAAAAUGUGCGUGCAUCCGCGCUGCAGGAUUUGGUGUACAAGAAUGGCCAGGCGGGAAUAACGAAGGCAACGGUGACCAUUGUAUUCGACAAUACAAAUGCACAGCAAUGCCCACCGGGCUAUGAGAAGUGUCGCGAGAUCUCCGUGACCCGCCAAGUUGUUGUCGGUGGCAAGAAUAAGUUUCUCAUUAAUGGAAAGCUGGUGCAGAACAAAAAGGUGCAGGACUUUUUCUGUUCCAUGCAGCUGAAUGUCAACAAUCCCAAUUUUCUGAUCAUGCAGGGCAAGAUUCAGCAAGUGCUAAACAUGAAGCCCAAAGAGGUUCUGUCAAUGGUUGAAGAGGCGGCAGGCACCAGUCUGUAUAAGACAAAGCGAGACGCGACCAAGACCUUGAUUGAAAAGAAGGAGGGAAAGGUGCGGGAAACGUCAGCUCUUUUGGAAGAGGAAGUUCUACCGAAACUGGAUAAAUUGCGCAAGGAGCGAGCUGCAUACCAGGAAUACCAGAAAACAUGUCGCGAUAUUGAUUUCCUCACCCGUAUUCACAUAUCGUCCAAGUAUCUGAAGUAUUGUGAUGCUUUGCAGUCGAUGGAGGCCAACGAACAAAAGAUAGAGAACCGCAUUGCUGCUUGCCAUGAGAAGAAUGCCAAGAACCUGGAGGAAGUCGAGUCUAUCGAAGUCAAGGUGAAGGAUAUACAACAUAAGAUUGAUGCUGAAAUGGGUGGCUCUCUCAAGGCGCUGGAGGAGCAGCUGUCUGCCAAGCGGGCGAUUGAAGCAACCGCAUCUGGAAGUCUAAAGGCCGCAAAGGGAACAAUUGAGCAGGACGAGAAGAAGAUUCGUAUGGCCCGUAAAAACAUUUCGGAAGAUGAAUCCGCGUUGCUUAAGAAACAGCAAGCAAUGUCAAAUGUUCAGGGUGAGUUCCAGAGCCUAAAAGAUGCCGAUGCAACGGAUUCGAAGGCCUACGAGGAUGCCCAGCGAAAGUAUGAGGCUGUAUCGCAGGGUCUUUCCACUGACGAGGAUGGCCAGGCAACUACACUCCAGGAACAGUUAAUUGCUGCCAAGCAACAGCUGAGCGAGGCGCAGACUACAAUUAAAACGUCGGAAAUGGAGCUGCGAUACACACGCAAUCUGCUCAAUCAAAAGGAGGGCGAAACCCAAAGCAACGAUGCAGCCUACAUAAAGGACAAAGGACUGCACGAUCAGCUGGAGGCAGAGAUUAAGAAUCUGGAACGUCAGCUGCAGGGUCUCAACUAUGAAGGUGGUCAGUUCGAGCAGUUGAAGGAGCGAAGACAAGAAUUACAUAAUCAGGUGCGCGAGCACAAGCGUGAUCUCGACAGACGCGGAGGAGCCCGCUACGAUUUACAAUAUCAGGAUCCUGAGCCGAAUUUCGAACGGCGCAAAGUUCGCGGCAUGGUAGGCAAGUUGUUCCAGGUCAACGACAUGCGAAACUCCAUGGCCCUAAUGAUGGCAGGCGGCGGCCACUUAACCAGCUUUGUUACCGAUGAUGAUGUAACGAGCAAGAAGAUCUUGCAGAAAGGCAAUUUGCAGCGACGCGUCACAUUGAUCCCUAUGAACAGGAUCAAGUCAAAUCCUCUUAAACCGCAAGUCAUCGAGUAUGCAAAGAAUACCUAUGGUCAUGAAAAUGUGGAAUCUGCAUUGUCGCUCAUCAGCUAUGAUAGCUAUUAUGAGCCAGUCAUGAAGUUUGUUUAUGGCGCCACAUUGAUCUGUAAAGACUUGGAUGUUGCCAAAGGGCUGAGCGCUGAUAGGAACAUUGGAGGCCGCUGUGUAACUCUGGAAGGCGACGUGGUCGAUUCGAACGGAACAUUGUCGGGUGGCUCUGCACCGAAAGGCGCGAAUAUACUCGAAGAUUUAAACAACAUCAGGGUUUCGGAGAAGGAAGUCAAUGCAAAGAUGAAUGAGUUGAAACAAGUGGAAGGUCACUUGAAUUCUAUUGAAAAUGUUGCUCGGACCCACAAUAAACUUAAAGAAUCUCUUGAGUUGCGCCAACACGAGCUUUCCAUGUGCAAGAGUCGCUUGGCUCACACAGCUUUUCAGCAGAACCAAGCUGAAAUCGAGGAAAUGAAAGAAAAGGUGAAGACAUUGGAGCAGCAAAACGCAGAGGCUCGCGAAAAGCACAAGACCUCGCAGGCCAAGGUCAAGGAUGUUGAGGCAAAGUUAUCAGAUGCCAAGGGCUAUCGAGAGCGCGAGCUCAAGGCAGUCAACAACGAAAUGAAGGCUGCCAAGCAGCGUGCUGAGAAGUCGCGUGUCAACUGGAAGAAGCGGGAACAGGAGUUCGAAACGCUGCAGCUGGAAAUCAGCGAGCUACAGAAAAGCAUUGACACGGCCAAGGAACAGCAUCAACAGAUGGUAGAGAAUCUCGAAAAGUACAAGGCCGAGCUGGAGGCACUGCAGCAAAACAGUUCGAGUGCAGCUACAGAGGUAGCUGAACUGGAGAGCGCAAUCAAGACUCAAAAGGACAACUUGAAUGGGCAGAAUAAGGAAAUGCGUCUGCUGCUGGGGAACAAGGAGAAAAUACUGAAGCAAAAUCAGGAGCUUGAGUUGGAGGUGAAAAAGAAAGAAAUCGAAAAGAACAAAUUAAGUGGAGAAACCAAAAAUGCCAAGAAACGCAUGGAUGAUUUAGAAAUGCAGUACACUUGGAUACCAGAAGAGAAGAAAUGUUUUGGUAUGAAGAACACGCGCUACGACUACAGUAAAGAGGAUCCUGUUGAAGCCGGCAAUAAACUGGGCAAAAUGAUGGAGAAGAAGGAGAAAAUGGAACGAACGCUUAACAUGAAUGCCAUGCAGACACUGGAACGCGAAGAAGAGAACUACAAUGAGACAGUGCGACGUCGGCAAAUUGUCGCAAUGGAUAAGGAAAAAAUCAAGAAGAUUAUCGUCAAAAUGGAUGAAGAGGAACAGGACCAGGUCAAACGCGCCUGGGAGGCGGUCAAUGAAAACUUUAGCGGCAUAUUCAGCACCCUGUUGCCCGGUGCCCAAGCAUUACUCAACCCCGUCAAAACAAACGGCAUCCUGAGUGGGCUCGAGAUAAAAGUGGGCUUUAAUGGCGUCUUUAAAGAAAGCCUGGGUGAGCUGUCGGGUGGCCAAAAAUCUUUGGUAGCAUUAUCACUCGUCUUGGCCAUGCUCAAGUUCUCACCAGCUCCGCUCUACAUUCUUGAUGAGGUGGAUGCUGCGCUGGACAUGUCGCACACUCAAAAUAUUGGCAGCAUGUUGAAGCAACACUUUCGAAGCUCACAAUUUCUUAUCGUCUCCCUGAAGGAUGGUCUCUUCAACCACGCCAAUGUCCUGUUUCGAACUCAAUUCUUGGAGGGCGUUUCUACCAUCUCACGUACGGUCGGUCGUUCAGUUGCUAGACGUUAAAUGUAUUACCAUAGUCAAUAAGGCGUUACAAAUAAAACUUACCUAUUUUUGAAUA